AUGGCAUACGUUACAGGAAAUUAUGUUGGCCUAACUCCACAAUUCUACACACAACAUGCUAUUAUUUCAGUUCAUUCUGAAAGCACACCAGGCGCAGAUAUGUACUCUGGUAGAAAAUUUAAAAUUAUGUUCAAUGACAAUCCGACUAGCACAUACUUGAUAUACGUUCUCGGCGAGAAGCCUUUGACACUUCAAAAGGUCGGAAUGAAUAACCUUAUUGCGUCCGAGCCAUACAGUGGUAUCAUUCGUAUUGCCAAGUUACCUUCCCCAGAGCACGAAACACUGUUAGAUAAUCAGCAUGAUGUGUGGGCCACAGGCGGAGAGCUAGUAGCCAGUAGUGAUGGUUCAUCAGCAACAUAUAGUAUUAAAUGGAAAGUUGUUGGAAAUCCCCAAAGAACUCUGCUCACAUAUGCGUACCCUCAUCACAUAAACUCAUUUGCUGGAGAUAUCCAAAAAACCGGAAUGCAUCUUGAAUCUUCCACCAAGGGAAUGAUGACCGCCGUACUUGGAGAUGUAUGGACCCUCAAUGAAAACCAUCUCAGCAACGUUACUUGGCUUCCGCUGAAUCCUAUACCAGAGGCUUCGACCCGCAACGAGAUUAUGCGCACAAUAGAGCUUGACAUCCAUUCAAAUUAUGCUGCGGAAACCCAGAAAGGAGACAACUAUUUUUCUGGAAAAGGGCUACAAAAGUUUGCUAUGCUAGCACUGAUAUUGAAUAAGCCCAAAGAGACAUUUUUGCACAAUCCAGAGCUUGCCAAAAUCUCUUUGGAGAAGAUCAAGGCUGCAUUCACUCCAUAUCUUGAAAACAAACAAGAAGAUCCGUACAAAUACGAUGUUGUAUACAAGGGAAUUGUUGCCAAAGACGGGCUACCUCGAAUAAUGGGCGGUACUGGUAACCCUGAUGCAGAGUUUGGCCACACUUACUACAAUGACCACCACUAUCAUCAAGGGUAUCUGGUUGUAACAGCUGCCAUUAUACACCAUCUUGAUCCAAAGUGGCGAGCUCCAGAGCUUGUAAGGUGGACAGAGACAUUGAUUCGGGAUGUAAAUUGCCCAGUAGAAGAUGACCCAUACUUUGCUCCUUUCCGCAAUUGGGAUUGGUUUGCGGGACACAGCUGGGCAGGAGGUAUAAAGAAUAAUGGUGCUCUUGAUGGCCGUGAUCAAGAAUCUGUACCUGAGUCUGUGAACUUUUAUUGGGGUACAAAGCUGUGGGGACUGGCAACCAAAAAUUCGGCAAUGAUCCACCUUGCAGCUUUACAGCUAGCCAUAACCAAGCGUACAACAUACGAGUAUUUCUGGCUUUUGGACAAUAACAGAAACCGACCAGCAGAAAUGAUAAAAAACAAGCUAGUUGGAAUCUUCUUUGAACAAAAGACUGAUUAUACCACCUACUUCGGAAGAUAUCUUGAGUUUAUUCAUGGUAUUCAGCAGCUUCCAAUGACACCAGCUCUGGCAGAUGAUAUUCGUAUCCCUGCGUUUGUCGAAGAAGAGUGGAACCAACGUCUCUCGGCGGUUGCACCCCAAAUAGAAAGUCCAUGGGCGGGUGUGCUAUGGCUCAACUAUGCACUCAUCAAUCCUUCAGAUGCAUACCCAAGACUUAGAACUACGGAAGUUGACGAUGGACAGACUCGAUCAUAUUCUCUUUACCUAACUGCAACAAGGCCAGAUUUCCGUAGACGUCCUCUAUCCAGAGUACACUCCAAAAACCCAAAGAACGAAACUGCAGUAGGUGGAUAUAAGCCGGCAAUAAGAGGAGUACGCCACAUAAGCUUUAAAGACGCAGUUACAUUUGGCUCAUAAAUCAAGCGCAAAAUUAUUACUCAUGGCAGUUUAAUUAUACCACAGAUGCCCUAAAUAACCUUUAUAUACGUUCGAAAUAUUCUAAAU